CUUUAUUUUUAGCCUCGCCCCGACCUGAACCACUGCAUACUUUACUCCAACUUCCCACCACAUUCAAGACAUCUUUGUGUCUUUUGAAACUUGUCUAUAUUUACUUUUCUCUCCUUCUAUACCCAGAACCCCCCGUGUAUAAACUCUAGAAAAUGUGUAAACACAUCCUGAACGCCCAAGUGGCCAUCCGCUCUCCCUGCUGCAAAAAAUGGUUCGACUGCGCCGAAUGCCACCAAGAACAAGAAUCGCACUCACUCACCAAAACCACUGAAAUGGUCUUCGCCUGCAAGAAAUGCAAGAAAUGUUUCCGGAAGGACGCGACGGAGUUUGAUGAGAGUGACGAGUACUGCCCGCACUGCGAUAACCAUUUCGUGAUUGACGCUGUGACGCCGACUCCCACGUUGCAGGUCGAGGGUGAGGAUGCGAGAAUUGAUGCCAGAAUGCUCAAAGACGACCGUGUUCGCGGACACCAGGAACGCUCCAUCUUCAACUUC